AUGAGUACAGAUGCGAACAAAGAACCUCCUCCCUACCUCACACCAGUUGGUGGUCAGCAGAGGGAUGUGACGGUUUACCACGUCCACACUCCAUUCAACCCUCAGUCACAGGAAAACGCCUCUAAUGCCACGCCAGUGUACAACAGCGGAGGAGGAGGAGGCCUUGGUCUCGAAACUGGAGAUGGCAAAAGUAGGUAUGUGAGCUAUGACGGGGCGCUGGGGCAUUCUCCCAGCAUGACGACCUGCACCACCUGCCAGCAGCAGGUCAUGACCAACGUGACGUACAAACCAGGGACGUACGCCUGGCUGAUGUGCUUACUCCUCAUCUGCUGCGGGUUAUGCCUGUGCUGCUGCCUGAUUCCUUUCUUCAUGAAAAACUUCAAGGAUGCUUACCACACGUGCCCCCGCUGCAAUAGAGUGCUGCACGUUGAUAAGAGAACAAUGCUGUAAAAAAUGACAAACAUGAGGGCAGAAAUGGACCCAUAGAAAUAGGAAAUAACAUCCUGUUACUUCUGUCGUAUCAGUUGCACCAUUUUUAUGAAACUGACAAAGGUUGCAGUUCAAAUAUAGUUCAUUUCUAUGUAUGAGUCAUUGCAUUGGCCGAAGCGAAAUCAAACAAUAUAUUAUUAGCAGACAGACUGGGAGCCAUUGUGAUGUCAUAGCUUAAAUAUCAUGUGCUCACUUUUAUAAAGCUCUUGCAAGUUUAUUUAGCCAAUUUGUGCUCAAAGAUUAGGCUAUAUUUAGUAUAAGGGAAAAUGCUUGAUUUAAAGUCUUGAAAUCUCGUACUGUGACAUACUUUGGGAAAGUAUGCAACAGUACGACUUUGACGUUUUUAGAUCAUGUAAAAAAUAAAUCACACUUUUAUCAGUAGU